ACAUGAAUCCUUCCUAUGCUAUAAACGUAGCCGAUACGCUAACAUUAUACAACGCGUUGUCAUUAAUUAGUGCUAAACGAUAGCGUCUUGUUUUUUUUACACAAUCAAUUGGCGGUUUUUGGUAACGAAAGUGGUUUUUAAAGCUAUUUUUUUAAGAAAGGCGUGUUUUAGCUGAAGAUGGGAGUCCCUGCCUUUUUCCGCUGGCUGAGUCGGAAGUAUCCGUCUAUAAUCGUACACUGCGUGGAAGAGAAGUCUAAAGAGUGCAAUGGAGUUCGGAUACCUGUUGAUACGACGAAGCCCAACCCAAAUGAGGUGGAAUUUGAUAAUCUUUAUUUGGACAUGAAUGGAAUCAUCCACCCUUGCACACACCCUGAAGACAAACCUGCACCUAAGAAUGAAGAUGAAAUGAUGGUUGCGAUUUUUGAGUACAUUGACCGGCUCUUCAACAUCGUUCGUCCAAGAAGAGUUCUUUACAUGGCGAUCGAUGGUGUUGCUCCUCGUGCCAAAAUGAACCAGCAACGAUCCAGACGAUUCAGGGCCUCCAAAGAAGGAGUGGAGCUUGCUGAAGAAAAACAGAAAAUGAGGGAGGAAAUUGUUCAGAGGGGUGGUUACCUGCCUCCUGAAGGAAUUAAAGAGCGAUUUGACAGUAAUUGUAUUACUCCGGGCACCGAGUUUAUGGACAACUUGGCCAAAUGUUUGCGUUACUACGUUGCAGACAGACUGAGCAAUGAUCCUGGAUGGCGGAAUGUCACAGUCUUUCUGUCUGAUGCCAGUGUUCCUGGAGAAGGAGAACAUAAGAUCAUGGAUUUCAUCAGAAGACAGAGAGCUCAGCCCAACCAUGACCCUAAUACACACCACUGUCUCUGUGGCGCUGAUGCUGAUCUUAUUAUGUUGGGCCUGGCAACACAUGAGCCCAACUUCACCAUCAUCCGAGAGGAAUUCAAGCCGAAUAAACCCAGACCAUGUGCCUUGUGUGGACAGAUUGGUCAUGAAAUGAAAGAGUGCCAGGGUGUAGCCAGAGAGAAAAGAGGAGAGCAUGAUGAAUUUGCCGACAGCGUGCCAGGAUCCGAGCAGGAGUUUAUAUUCAUCCGAUUGUGCGUACUGCGCGAGUAUCUGGAGCGAGAGCUGACCAUGGCCAGCCUGCCUUUUCCAUUUAACUUUGAGAGGAGUGUGGAUGACUGGGUUUUCAUGUGCUUCUUUGUGGGAAAUGAUUUUCUGCCCCACUUGCCUUCUUUAGAAAUCAGAGAGGGCGCCAUCGAUCGACUCGUGGGUAUUUACAAAGACGUUGUGCACAAGACCGGGGGAUACCUCACAGAAAAUGGUUAUGUCAACCUAGAGAGAGUGGAGCUCAUCAUGCAGGCUGUGGGAGUUGCUGAGGACAACAUAUUCAAGAAGCGCAAAGACGACGAGGAAAACUUUAAAAGGAGAGCAAAGGAAAAGAAGAAGCGAAUGCGAGCAGAACGGGGUCCGGCAUUUGUCACCGGAGGUCAAUUUUCCCCUCACGCAUUGGGAGGAAGAGACCGUCCGAUGCCUGUACACAAUGCUCGCCAUACGGCUUAUGAUAUGAGAAUGCAGGGCAGUAACUUCCAGCAGAACAAGGACGCUGCAAAUUCUUUAAAAGCCAAGUUGAGAAAUGGGGGAAAGGAUCCUGCAGGGCCGAGCGAUAGCAUGGACAGUCACAGUGUAAAGAGGAAAGCAGAAGGCAGCGACAGCGAGCCAGAGCCUGAAGACAACGUCAGGUUGUGGGAGGCAGGCUGGAAGCAGAGGUACUACAAAACUAAAUUUGACGUGGAUGAGACUGAUGAUGAGUUUCGUAAAAAGGUGGUCAAGGCUUACGUAGAGGGCCUGUGCUGGGUUCUCCGGUAUUACUACCAGGGCUGCGCAUCCUGGAAAUGGUACUUUCCAUUUCACUAUGCACCGUUUGCAUCUGACUUCAGAGACAUUCAGGGCAUGUUUACGGAUUUUGAGAAAGGGACCAAGCCAUUCAAACCUUUAGAGCAGCUGAUGGGAGUGUUCCCUGCUGCCAGUGGGAACUUCCUGCCACCAACAUGGAGGGAACUUAUGUCAGACCCAGACUCGCCCAUAAUUGAUUUCUAUCCUGAAGACUUUGCGAUCGAUUUGAAUGGGAAGAAAUUUGCCUGGCAGGGUGUUGCCUUGUUGCCGUUUGUUGAUGAACGCAGGCUGCGGGCAGCCUUAGAAAAGGUCUAUCCUGAUUUAAGUCCAGAUGAAGCCAGACGGAAUAGUCUGGGCAGCGAUGUGGUUUUUGUGGGGAAAUCACACCCUCUGUGUGACUUCAUCGAGGAACUUUAUAGAUCCGAGUCUCAUGAGGGAACUGAGAUUCCUCCUGAGCUGUGCUUUGGGAUCCAGGGUGCAUUAUCUCUUGAUGAAAAUCCCAUUCUACCAGAUAAACUUGUCGAAUCUCCUAUUCCCAUGCUGAGGGAUAUUCCAUGCAGCAGUGCAGUUGGAAUUAAAUUCAUGGAUCCACAAUAUGAAGACAAUUAUGUGUUCAAGGCUGUCGUCCUUUCUGGGGCAAAGAUUCCCCAUAAAGUGUUGAAGCCUGGUGACUGGGAACGGUCUAACCACCAGCCAUGGAGACCCCAACUGGGCUUUAAUCCCAACCGUCAGCAGAUGCAUCUGGACCAGUCUUCUUUCAGAACCCUGGGCCAUCAUAUCAACAGUCAUCAGCAAGGAGGUGGUCAGCAUGUCCACAGGCCCCUCCGUGGUGCCCCGCAUAUGGGCGGGCAGUACAGCAAUGCUCCACCCCCCAGUACAUACCACCAAGGGAACUAUCGCCCGCCUCUUCAAGACAACCAGCAUUCUAGGCAGCAGGGGCUUCCAGGAAAUGCACUGCCAUCGUAUCCACAGCAAUACGGACGGCCUCAGCACGGUGCUCAUGGAUGGGACAGAGCGAUGCAGUCUCAAACCUCUCGUAUCAGCAUAACAUGCAGAGGGGCCGUGGCGGAGCAGGGGGUUUCCAGCAGCACGUGCAACGCCGAGAUGAUCGCCAACCAGAAGGGGGUUAUAAUUCAUCAAGGGGUUACGGCCUGCCUCCACCUGCAAGGCGCUACAACUGGAACUGAAACAGUAGACCUAUGUGAAGGAGAUGUUAGUGUCUGCGUCUUGCUUUUUUUUUGCGAAACAUAACUUUUUUUUUUUUUUUGGUGGACUGUUAAAUUUCUUUUUUAAGAAAAACUCUGGUUUUACUCUGUAUAACAGUUUUUAUGUACUGAUUUUGUAAUUCCUGUUACAUUUAAGAAAUACAUAUCAAAUACAUUUUUUUGUGUGA